AUGCGCUACGCCGUGCUCGUCACCGGCCCCGCCGGCGCUGGCAAGUCGACCUUCUGCGCGUCGCUCAUCACGCACGCCCAGUCGCUCGGCCGCACCGUCCACCUCUUCAACCUCGACCCGGCAGCAGACAAGUUCGAAUACCCGCCCAGCGUCGACAUCCGGGAUUUGGUCAGCUUGGAGGAGGUCAUGGAGGACUUGGAGUUGGGCCCGAACGGAGGAUUGGUGUACUGCUUCGAGUACCUGAUGCAGAACCUGGAUUGGCUUACGGACGCCCUCGGAGACUACGAGGACGACUACCUCAUCAUCGACUGCCCCGGCCAAAUCGAACUCUACACCCACAUCCCCAUCCUCCCACGCCUCGCCAAACUCCUCACGACAAACAUGAACAUCAACCUCGUCGCAUGCUACCUCCUCGAAUCGCAGUUCAUGGAGGACACGGCAAAGUACUUUUCGGGGGUGCUGUCGGCGAUGAGUUGUAUGAUCGGGCUCGAGGUGCCGUUUGUCAACGUUAUGAGCAAGAUGGAUCUGGUGCGGCGGGAAGGGAAGCGGAAGAAGGAGGUCGACCGCUUCCUCGACCCCGACCCCGAACUCCUCCGCACCUCUGUCAACCGGGAACUGAACCCAAAGUUCCACGAGCUCAACAGCGCGCUCGUACACCUCAUCGACGACUUCAACAUGGUCCAGUUCCUCCCGCUCGACGUGACGGACGAAGACUCGGUCGGCGUCGUGCUGAGUCACCUCGACAAUGCGAUACAGUACGGCGAGCAUGAGGAGCCGAAGGAGCCGGCAGAUAUGGACCAGGGCGACUUUGACACCGAAGGCUGA